AUGGAGCCCGGCGAGGCUCCGGGCGCUCAGGGGGCGGCCAGCGCGGGGCCCCCCGCAGUCUCCGCCGCAGCGGCUCCCGCCGGACGGGUCAGUGCCAGCGCCGCGCUCCCGGCUGCGGAGCCUCCUGCUCUUCUGCCGCCUCGCGGCUCCAUCCAGGCGGGCCGAGGCGUCCGCAGAGCCCAGCGGAGGAGCCCUGCCCAGCGGCCGAGGCCCGGUUCCGCUGCGGAGACUGCUCGGGCGGCGGCAGCAGUAGCAGCAGCAGCAGCAGGAGAGGCAACGCGGUCCCUGCAGCAGCACCAGCCGCGCUCCGUCGUGGAGACGGUCUGCCCGCCCAGCGCCGCCCAGUUGGCGCCGCCUCCGCCUCGCCUCCCCGCGAGGGCAGCAGCUGCCCCGGACCUGAGUGGCCACUGGCCGGAGCCCGGGAAUUCGGGCAACAAGGAGCCCCCGCCGACGUCACGCCCCGGCCAGGGUCGAGGGGGCGCUCUUUGGCCGGGUUCCGACCUGGCGCCCUAUGGGUUUAUUUUGGGGGGGAGGCGCAGAGUAAGGAAGAGACGCGCAAAGAAGAACCGAAGUUGCACGUGCGGACAGCCCUCCGGGAUUAUCGGUGGGGCAGGGAGGUUUGCAGGGGGUUGGACUCGAUGACCCUUGGAGCCCCUUCCCGCUCUGCCCUUUUGUGAUUCUAUGACGUCAUUCAGCCCCAAAAAGGACGGGAUCAGACCCUCCCCCUUGCGAUUUGCAUACGAGAAACGUCGCUACCGUGAGGCAAGGCGUGUGCUGGGGGGGGGGGUACAUUUGCCAGGUCCUUCCGCCCCCGUCCAGGACCCUCCGGGCUGCCUCUCCUCACCGGCUCCCCUGACAUACUUUCUCGGUCCUUGACGCGGCAGCUGUUCAAGCCGCGCUGCGGGCGCAUCUGCCUUGGGGCCUUUCACAACCCGGUUGAUCCUUGGCCGGCCAUUAGGGCUAAGCAGCUGAUCAUUCCCCAGAGGAGCCGCAGCGAAGCAUUGCCACCCCAAAUAUCUGUUUGGGGCGCUGGGCGCCUGGCUCCUCCUCAUCGGAACUCUGCUGGACCAGGCCAAGGGGUCCCAUAG